CUAGCGUAUUAUACUGUAGAAUACCAUGUAUAAUAUAUUGUAUAAUAUCUCACGUAUAAUACGUGCCCAACCUCAACCCUGCGUAGCAGUAGUAAAACAAAACACUUCAGUGCUGCCAACAAAAAUCCAGAAUAAAUGGCGGCAAAAUAUUAUGCUUACAUUACAUACAACAUACAUGGCAAUAGUCUCUGUGUUAAUAAUUUUUGCAUCUUUUUUCUAAUUUUCAGUUUUUUGUACAUGGUUAUGAAGAAUGAAAAAUAUAACGCGAUAUUUUAUGGACACGGUGAAAGCCAGUGAUAAUAUACCACUACAAUCUAACACUGCCAAAAAAAAUGAAACUGAAUCAAAGAAACAUUUUAAAGAAAAGUAUAAUUGUUCUGUAGUUGAGAUAUCUAACACUAAUUCAGAAAAAAAUAUAUACGAUAUGAUAGAAAGCAGCAGUGAUAUUAAUUCAUUUAAGGAGAUCAGUAUCCAAACAUCCAAGCAGCCUUUUUCAACAAAAUUAUCAUCAUCAACAAAAUGUAAAAAGCUACAAAACCAACAUUUAGACUGUUUAUCUCUAAAAACCAACGAUGUUCUCAACAUUAAUAAUAAAAGGCAAACUAGGAGCAGUUCAUUGAAUAUUUCAAAUGAUAAGAAACAGUGUGUAAAAAAGUCAAGAAGUAGGGAAAACAGUAGCAGUAAUAUACAAUUAAAUGAUACAAAAAAUAAAAAAGGUACCAAUAAUAUGAAUUUGUUAAAUAUACAUUCCAGUGAUGGAAGUAAAAGUAACCAUGGAGAAUCAAAUGCUUUUGAAAUUCUUAUGAACCGUAAUAAUUCAAUUCAGUACAUUACGCCAACAAAACUUUUUAAUGAAAAUGAAUCACUUGUUAAAAAAUCUGAAGAACAAUUAAUUUCGUCAACAGAAAAGUUAAUAAAUGAGAAAAAAAAAUGUUUCAAAAGAAAAAUUUCAGAGGUAGAAGGCGAAAAAAUAGAGAAAAUUAUUCAGAAUCCUACCAAAUUUUUAAAAAAAGAUGAUUUUGAGGAUACUGGAGUUCUGUAUCAGAAACAGCCAUCAGGCAAUUUAUUAGAUUAUUUCAGUAAAACUCCAGUAAAUUUAACGCAUACAGAUAUGGCAGAUAUAUCCACUAUUAUAGUGAAAGCUGACGUACAUAUGUCGCAAAACACUAUUGACCAUGAUUUAUAUACUUCAGUUUCGAAUAAUGCGAUACGACCAAAUAAAAAAAGUAAAUCCAAAGAUUUACAGUUCUCUCAGAUGGAUGACAUUGAUGUUAUAGAAUCUGAAAGCAGUAAUAUUUCAAAUAAUGAAAAAGAACGAAAUGAUCAACUACAAAAUAAACAUAGAUGGUCAUUACGAAUUAAAUUUCAAACAUAUGAGGAUGAAAAUACUUUAUCAGGUAAUAGCAACGAUGAAGAAUUUUCACCCAAGGGUAAAGCUAAAUUAAAUAUAGAAGAUUCUAAGAAAUGUGGAACAAAUAAAGGUACAUAUUCAGAAAAUUUAUGGAUGAAAAAUAAAAGUAACAAAAUGAGUGAAUCUAUGAAAUUAAAAUUACGAAAGUGUGAGCAACCAAAAAAUGUAGAAUAUAAUGUUCCGAUACAAAAUAAUAAAUGUCGAAAGGGCAAAUUUGAAAAUGCCAAUGAAAUAAUGAAGCUUGAUAAACAGAAAUCAAUUUUAGCACAAAAUAAAAAUUUUAAUAUUGAUUUAAUAGGUAACAUAGAAAAUAAGUCCAAUGAGGAUUUCUAUAUAAUUGAUGAAAUUAUUAAUGAAAAGAAAGCAAUUGGCAAACUAGCUCCUAUAUUUACAAAACAGCGAAAACUACAUUCAAAAGUGAUACCAACAAAACAGUCGGUUCUGCAAACAAAUAUAAAAGAUAAUAACGAUAAAACUAUAAAUCAACAAAUACAUGUUUGUAGCACAUUACCAUUUCCACUUAUUAGUCAUAUUACACAAUUAACUAAUUCAAUGUUCAACAAAACAAAUAAUUUUAAUUUUCCCCCAAAAAUUUGUCACAAGUUGUAUAUUCCAGAUUUAGAUAGAAAGCAUUAUAAACAUAUAGUAGAUUUUUCUGAGACCAAAUUAAAGCUAUCAAAAAAUAUUAAAAAACCAAACGUUGAAGAAGUAUUAAUGGAUCUUGAAAAACAUUGUUCAGGUGUAAAAAAAAUGUGGAAUGUUAUUUCGCUUACUGUUAAAGGACAAUCUAAUAAAACAAUGUCUGCAAAAACGAAAACUAGAACUAGAAAACAAUGGGAAAAAACAGGAACAGGUAAUGAAAAUAAAAUUGAAAACGUUAGUUGGACUUACAAAUUCAGACCAAAGUCUACUGAAGAAAUAGUUGGAAAUGAAAAUGCAGUUAUAAAGUUAAGAGAAUGGCUGGUCAGAUGGAAAAUAAAAUUUAUAAAUGAAAGCGAUGAUAGUGAAAACGAUUUUUAUUCGUCUGACAGUAGUUAUUCAAGGAGCAAUGGAAAUAAUCAGGUAGCUGUACUGUUGGGACCGCAUGGAAGUGGUAAAACUGCAAGUGUAUAUGCAUUAGCAGAAGAAUUUGGUUAUACGGUAUUGGAAUUAAACGCAUCGUCUAAAAGAAGCGGGAAGAAACUUUUGAAAGAAUUAGAGGAAGCGACAAAAUCAUACCAGAUUAAAAAUAAAGAAAGAACAUCUGCUUUUUGCAAUUUAACCUCGAAUGAAAUUUUCCCAAAGAAAAUAUCAAAAAAUUCCCUCAUUCUUAUAGAAGAUGUUGAUAUUAUAUUCGAAGAAGAUGAAGGCUUUAUUUCUGCUAUAUAUCAGUUAGCAUCAAAUACGAAAUGUCCAAUUGUUAUGACGUGUAAGGACGUUUGUCCUCACUUAAAUAAAUUAGCACCUCAACAGAGUAGAAUUUAUUUUCAAAGUGUUGUUGGUAACAAGGUUUCUGUUUUAUUAGAACUAAUCUCGUUAGCAGAAACUGGUUACAGGCUUCCUUCUAAUUACAUUAUGGAAUUAUUGCAAAGUGGCGAUUUACGAAAAGCAAUAUUACAAUUACAAUAUUUAUUACUAUCUGGUCCACCACAAAUGUUAGAACAUGCCAUCAAUUUUAAGAACUCAUUGUGGCAAAAUAUGCAAUACUAUUUGUACAGACCAGCAAUUAUAGUAAGUAAAAAAGAAAAAAAGAAAAAGGCUGUGAGUAGCAAAGUUAUAAAUAAUAAUCGAAAUUUAUUAAACGAUGUGGCAGAUAAGUUAGAUAGCAUAACUUUAUUAACAUCUUUAAUGACCACGGAAGAUACCGCGUUAAAUUUAUACGAAUUAAAAGUACAGCCCAGUUUGUCUGUUGUUGAAAAUACCGCUUUAUAUUCAACAUGUAAUAAUGUAUGUUUAGAGAUAGCUGAAUGGAUAGGUAACAAAAUUAUGUACAAAGAUCAUGAUUAUGAUGGUAUACGGUAUCAAAAUAAUAUUAUAUUAAGAAAACAAUUAAAUAAAGAAAUAAAUCUAGCAUUAUCUCAUACUGCAUCGUUGUUGCUCGAUCAUCAAAUUAUAGCUACAGAUUACCUUCCAUUUAUAAGAACAAUAUGUAGGGCUGAAGAAUAUAGAGCUAAUAGAAAUAAUAAAAGAGGAAAUCGUUAUUUUCAUUAUCUUCAUAAUUUAAAAUCAUCUUCGUUACUCAAGCCUAAUAUUUUAUCAGCGGCAUGUAAAAUAAUGCACGAUAUUGAUAUGCGUACAAAUUAAAAUAACAUUAAUUACGCGUAACAAUCAGUAUAUUAUAAUUUAAAAAACAUAUUAAUACAAAUACUUUGUAAAAUUUAUAUACGGUCUUUUUAAUUUAACCAAUUGUUAAGUAAUAACUAAGAAAAACAAAUUCAGGUAUUGUAUUAAAUUUCUCCUACCAAAUCAAACAGCUUUUACAUGAAACAUUUUUGCACAUAUAGCAGGUAUGCAUAAUAAGCAGUAAAAUAAUAUUACAUUAUGAUAUAGGCACACGAAGUUUUCCGCGAGUAUAGUUAUAGGCUUCUGGUCACUGGGGCACCCAUAGGGUAAUUUCGUGUACAUGCGUAGUCUAUACUCUUGAAUCGGAAAUAUUUCGUGUGUUUAAAAAAUGAUAGAAAUGUCGUUAGUAUUAAUAAGUUUUAAAUGUUUCCUUUUUUUAAAAUAAAGUGAAUAAAGUGGAUACAGGGUAUUUUUUGGUAAUUAUC